AUGGUUUAUCUUGCAGGGAGAGCCCACAGCUGGACCUCUGUGGCACAUCUGGAGCGUGAGGCCCAGAGCAGCAAAGUCGCUGCAGCAGUUCAGGUCCCCAAAUACUUGUCACAACAGUGGAAUAAAGCUGCAGGAAGAGGUGAAGUGGGAAAACUAAGGAUUGCCAAAAAUCAAGGAAGAACAGAAGUGUCAUUUACUUUGAAUGAAGAGCUUGCAAGCAUCAAUGAUAUUGGAGGAAAACCUGCUUCAGUCAGUGCACCAAGAGAACAUCCAUUUCUCUUGCAAAGUGUGGGAGGACAGACCUUAACAGUGUUCACAGAAAGUUCAGUAGAAAGCCAAGCAGAAGAAAAAUCUGAAAGCAGCAGCACUGAUAAACUUUCCUUGGAAGGAAUAGUGGUGCAACGUGCUGAAUGCAGACCUGCAGCUAGUGAAAAUUAUAUGAAACUGAAAAGAUUACAGAUAGAAGAAUCUUCUAAACCUGUAAGGCUGUCACAGCAGCUGGACAAAGCUGUAACCACGAACUAUAAACCGGUGGCUAAUCAUCAAUAUAAUAUUGAAUAUGAGAAGAAGAAGAAAGAAGAUGGAAAACGGGCUCGAGCUGAUAAACAACAAGUGUUGGACAUGCUUUUUUCAGCCUUUGAGAAACAUCAGUAUUACAACAUUAAAGACCUGGUAGACAUAACCAAACAGCCAGUGAUAUACUUGAAAGAAAUUUUAAGAGAAAUAGGCAUCUACAACGUGAAGGGGACCCACAAAAACACAUGGGAGCUGAAGCCAGAAUACAGACACUACCAAGGAGAAGACAAGAGUGAUUAACAAAAGUGUUUACAAAGCAAGUGAGAAUUAGAGUGAUUGCACUGAGGGAACCGUGGUGGGUUUACAGACAGGACUGAGCACAGCGCAAUUCUGCAAGGUUCAAGUUAAAUUAAAGCAGCUGAUGCUUUGUAAUUUUCUGUAGCUUCAGGUUUUUUCCAAGGAAUACUUCUUGUAUGUUUCUAUAAGUGUUCUGUCUUUUGACAAGAAAAAAUAUUUAUAGAAUAAACUUGUAUUAGAUUUAUCUUUAUUAGAAAUCUUUUGAGUUCUCAUCUUACUUUUUCUUGGUAGCUUUGUGGCUUUUCCAAGCCUCGAUGACGUUGAAAGAAAACGUGUCCUAGAGGAACCCGUAACUCUUUGUUCCAGUAGAACCAGGUUAAUACCCUCACUUCUGCUGGGAUCUGUCAGGGCUUCGUCUGGAAGGCUGAAAAGUUCCACAACCCUUUGUGCAGCGCUUGGGUGGAACGGACAUGGUGCUCCUUUUGGGAUCAGGCUUUAGGAAAAACAGCCGCAACCGUGGUGCUCAUCACAGUCCUUAGACUCCAUGGGAACAAAUCAACACAGUUAAAAACCGGUAAAGCAAAGGCUGUUUGACACGCAGGUCAGUGGGAAGACAACAAUCCCCUCCAGGUAAUUACUGAGAAAAAAAAAAAAUGAAAUGUCUGUCUGUUAGGUACAUCAAGGAACAGAUUUAUCUUUUGGUUGGUUUUUAUGAUGUUACCUAUGUUUUAUGUUUAAGCAUAUCAAUAAAAGCGUUAUUUUCAUUUGUA